UUAUCUGUGUCACUGUAAAAAUUCUCCAAUUUAUCAUCAUAUUUCUAUUCUUUUUCUUACGUUACACUAAGUAAUUGAAAAUAUUUAAAAUAUUCUUAAUUUAUUAUUCUUAAUUAUUCUUAAUAACGCAUAAUACUUAACACCACGAGGUGAUGAGAUGAUAUUAUCUACUUGAUAAUAUAACGUACUAUAUAGUAUGGCGAAUAGAUGGCGUGACAUCAUCGUAUCGUAUCGUUUUAUCAAAUAAUGUGUUUCUCUAUUAAUUUCAAUGGUUUCCUCUCUACUGUUCAUAUCUCAAUGAUAUCUCUCAUAGGUUCAAAUGUUACCAGAUUAAGAGAAUAAUGGAAAAAAAUCAAAUAUUAGUGCGAAAGAGAGUGACAUUGUCACUACUCGUCACUCACACUUAAAGAGUGACAGAAAAUCAGAAUAUAGCAAAUUCCUCUCGCGAGGGAAUUUUUCUUACAACGCAAAAGCGUAGUGAUUUUCUUGACAACCCUGAUUUUAAUAAAAUGCGUAAAUAAUUGACUUUUAAUUUUAAAAAUCGAAGCUGAUAAUAUUUUUAAAAAAUGUUGCGUCAAUGUGAAUUACCAAGGGAUAGAGUACUUUUUCGAAUAUUAAAAAAUAAAAGUCCAACCGUUAGCAACAUAUGUGAAAAAUUGAAUUACAAUGUGAAAAAUAUUGUCUUGUUAUCAGAAGAUGAACUUUGUGAACUAUGGCAACAUGUGAAAACUAUACUUUUAAAAGCACAAAAAUUAUAUAUUCAGGCAUCAAAUAAUAAAGGCAAAUAUUUGAGAGAAUUUAAUAUUAUGGUUAAAUUGAUACAUACAAUAACUUCAAUGGCUCUUGAAACAAUUGUACAACGAAUGUUUGUACCCAAUAUUUUAUUGCAAAAUAUAAUGUUACUACAUUCUGUUGUGUUACUUAAUGUAAAGGAUGAACAGAUUAAGAAUGAAAUAUCAUAUUUGUUGGAAAAAUGGUGGAUGUUAAACAUGAUAUGGAAAGAAAAAGUAAUAAUAAAUGCAUUAAAAUAUCUUAUUCAAAGUUGCAAAUCUUCACUGCAACAUGUAAAGCGUUUAUAUGAGAUAAGAUCUGCUAUUACAUUGCUAAAAUGUGCAGAAGAUAUACAAGAACUACUUAAACUUGUUCGAGAAAAAACUGUGAUAUCACUAGAAGAAGGUCGAAUGUUAAUAUUACAUUUAUUUACACUUGGCGAACAAUAUAUAUUGGGAAUACAUAAUAAUAUAAGAGUGGUAUUACAAAAUAUUGGACAUAAUUAUAUUGCUGCAUAUGCAGAUUUAUAUAUAAUAGCAUGGUUAAAUGCAACUGAAAAAUUAAAAAAAUUUAUUGUUGAAAGUUGUUUAUGUAAUAUUAUUUUUCAUUGCUUUCGGGCAUAUAGAGAUUCUGCUGGAAGAGGAAAACUUGGUAAAAAUCUGCUGUCACUUCUUACUGCUAUACAUAACAAUAAACAGCAAGUAGCUAGGUCAAUGAUUCACAAUCAAUGUAAACCUUUGCUUUGGAAACAUUUAAAGGCACCUGGUUCUUUCAUCAGAUGUAAUGCUGUAGAAAUUCUUUUUGUAACAAGUUCUGUACAAUAUACAUGUGCUUCAAAGGAUAGAAAUAAAAUUUAUCUUCAAAAAUAUUAUAAAAUAAUAACUGAUCUUUUAAAAGAUUCAGAUUUUGAAGUGUGUAAUGUUACUAUGAAUGAACUAUUUAAGAUGUUAGAAAAAUAUUGGAAUUUUGUACCAAGAAAUAUUAUUCGAGAUUGGUUAAACAUUUUAUUACAUUAUACAAAAAAUGCUAAUAAUUCCAAAAUAAGAGCAAAUGUUUUUAUUGGUUUAACAAGAAUAUUAAUUAAAGAACGAUCUCGUAGAAUACUCAUAGAUUUUCUACCAAAUUUUGCAAGCAGUAUUUAUGAUGAAGAUAAAGCGGUAUUAGAAGCACUAAUUAAACUUCUUUGGCAUGUACAAAAUCAACUUGGAAUACCAUUUUGGAAUAUAAUACCUUUGACUUAUGUUCUCGAUCGUUUAGAGACUACUCAAGAUACAUUUUUAUUACAAGAAUUAAUAAAACUAAUUUGGUUACGUAUAUCAUUAAAUGGUACACACUGUGAUAAAAUAAUAGAUGAAUUAGCAUAUAUAGGUACAAGUAAUAUAAAUGCUAUUAGAAGAUUUUGUUUCCAUUCUAAACCUGUUAUAAGCUGGAAUACAUCCACCAAACUUAUUGAAACUCUAUUAGUUAUGAUAAAAGAAGAAAUUAAAUGUUUACCUCUAAUGAAAUUAUUAAAUAAAAAUUGUAAUAAAAAGAUCAAAAUUGAUAAUAAGAAAAGCAAAUAUAUAAAUGAUUCUUUGAAUAGUUGGAAUAAAAACCUUAAUAAUUAUAAAGAUGUACAUAUAUAUAUUGAUGUUAUUGCUAUGUUAUUAAUAGGAAAUAUUAAAAAUACAAAGGAAGAAAAAUUCUAUAAAGAAGAGAUGAAUAUUUUACGAGCAAUUGCACAUGCAUUACCAGAAUUUUUUAAGUAUCUUAGAGAAACACCAAUAAAUGAAUCAGUAAUAUUUUUAUUUUCUUUAAUUCCUUCGAGAUUAUUUUUCAAUAAAAUUGAAGUUAUUGAAAUGUUACUACAACAAUUAUGUAAUCCAAAUACCCCUGAUGACACUAUUCUAUCAGUUAUACAUGUUCUCAUGAAAUGGAAUAAAGGAGAUACAAUUUUGUUUGCAUUAACGAAUAUUUUUACAGAAUCUUUAAAUAUAAGUUUAAAUAAUCAGCAUGUUAUUAAUAAUACAGAUGUAUUUCAAAUUAAUGAAAAAGGUUUAGAAUUAAGUUUACGAAUUCUAAAACAUUUAUUACAUGAUGAAUAUCAAUCAGUUUUAAUGAAUAAAUAUCAUAAAGAUAUACUUAAAUUUUGGAAAAACUUACAUAAAUUAAGAAGUUUUAUAGAAAAAGAAUUAAAUAACGAGUGCAAUAUAAAAAGUCUGAUAUCCAAAGAUAUAAUUGUGCAAUUUUUUAAAGAAUAUAUAUCAAUGAUUUCAAUAUUAUAUAAGAAAGAUAUAUUUGAAGCAUCAGAACAAUUCUCAGAAAUUUUAUUGUGGAUUAGAAGGACAAUAAUACCACAUAUAUCGCAGAUAGAUAUAAAUACUAUAGAAAACCAUCAAACUUGUAUAAAUAUAAUAAGAAGUACUUUUGAUAUAUCAAAUUAUCUAUUGGAAGAAUACAAUAGUACUUCAAAAUUAUGCUGUGAUAUUGUACUUUUAUAUUGUAGUUGUUUAUCUUCAGCAAUUGGUAUAGUUUUUAUGAAUAAUGCAUUUGAUGCAAUAACAAUGUUAUUAGAUUUUAGUAAAAUGGCUUAUGAAAAACAAGAACCAAGUUUAUUAGAAAUUAUUGUACCAAAUUUCGCAUGUGUUAUGAUGGUUACACUAACUAAAUAUGAUAAAGAUAAAUUAUUUAAAUAUACGAAUAACUUGAAAUUAUUAAAUGGAUUAACUGAAAAAUAUUUUACAAUUAUUAAAAAUACUUUUGACAAUCAAAGUUUAUAUCUCUCAUACAUAACUAUUAUGUUUAAUACUGCAAUCAAUAGUAUAAGUACAGAAAUAACAUAUAUGUUACAAUGCUCAUGUAUAACAGAAGAAAAAAUUUUAAUUACUCAAUUCCCUUAUUUAGCAAAAAAAAUAUUAAAAAUUAUUUUAAAUAAAAGAAAAUACCAAAAAUUGAGCACACAAGUAUUAACAAAGACAAUAACAAAUUAUACAAAAAUUGACAUGCUUUCUGCUCUGAUAGUAAUAUAUAAAAUGCUUAAAUCAACUGAUAAAACAACUAUUAAUAGACUUAAAAACGUGACAUUAGCAGCCAAAGAGCAUUACCAAAAACAAUCUUGUAAUGUAACUUGCUUUGACAGAAAUAUAAAUGAUGCAAUGAAUAUAGUUAUAAAUGCAAUAUUGAAACAAUAA